AUGAAUCCUAUGGGAAUGUCCCCUCAAGAUUUAGAAAAAAUGAAAACUAUAUAAGAAUAUUCAUUUUUGAUGAAUCCACUAUUUUAAGCUGCUAUGCAAGGAUAAGUGAGUUUAUAAGAAAGUGAAUUUUUCCCAAUUCUUUUUUAAAGCUCUGCAAUUAUAGAACCUGAUGAUAGAAAAUUGGCAGUCAAGUAUCUCUCUCAUAUGGGCAGAAAUUUUUUAUUUGGUGCAGGCUUAGGCAUAUUCCUAAAUGUUCAAGUUAAAAAGAUUAAACCAUUGAAUAUUUUUGGAUGGAACAAAUUCCUUAGAUUAGCUUUCAGAAUACCUUUAUUCAUAUCACCAUUCUUUUUAUUUGCUAAUAAUACUAUGGAUAAGGUUGAAGAACUUUAAAAAAUCCAAAGAAAAUAUUUUAUUCGUUAUAAAAGAUUUGAGAGAACAGGUAAUAUUAAAUACUUAGAUCCUGAUAAUGUCUUAUUAUAGGCACAUAAGAAAAAAACUGAUAGAGAAGUUAUAACAUUAGAUUGA